CGUUUAUUUGACAACAUCAAUUUUGGAAAUUCUGCAUUGUAUCCGCAAUACUUAUUUGGGAACAAUUCUAAUUAAAUCCAAUAUAAAUAAAAUUUAAACACCUAAUAAUAAGUAUGCUAUAUUAAAUAAGAAGUCUUUCAACUGACUUCAGCAAUUCUUAAUUCAAAUAAGUUUUAUGAAGAAAUAAGAAGUAAAGAUGUCGGAUAAGUUGUUGACGCUGGGCCAACGGGUGAUGGUGGUCGGUAAAGACGUAAAAGGCUCCGUCGCUUACGUAGGAUACCCCACCUUUGCAACUGGGAAAUGGAUUGGUGUAAUUCUGGAUGAACCGAAAGGAAAAAAUAAUGGCACUGUUCGAGGACACGCUUAUUUUACGUGCGAGGAAAACUACGGAGUGUUUGUACGGCAAACUCAGAUCCAGUUGUUGGACUCUGAAGACAAUCCGAUGGAGACAUCCAUGACAACUUCCUCUGAGGAGACGAAGACUCCUGCUACCAACCGAAGGCUAAGCAGUAUUACAGUGGCGCAGAGAUCUAGGCCCACCACGGUGCGACGGAAGGCGUCGCCGGCGCAGACUAAAGCAGGAACCCUUUCUAUGUCGAGCUCGAGGACCAGCCUCGCUAGCAGCCGACAGAGUCUGACCUCAUACGCGUCUCCUACGACCGAGAGGGCUGCCUCGCCGGAGCAGAAGAGGGCUUCUUUUGUUGAGACUGGUUUCGUGGAGACCCUGACUCCUCAGUACACCCCUGGCCAGAGCAUCACCUCUCCUCAGCCAGCGUCCUCCAGCAUGGAGGAUAAGAUCGCCAACAUGCAGGCGCAGCAAGAGAUAACAACUCUAAAAUCAGAAGUAGAAGACUUGAAAGAGAAGCUAGAGACGAUAAAAGUCCGUCGCGCAGAAGAUAGAGAGAAGCUCAGAGAGUUGGAGAGACUCCGCCUUCAGUUGGACCAGGCCAAUGAGUUCAAGGCCAAGAUUAUGGAGUCCCAGGCUCAGCUGCAGAGGGAUCUGCAGAGGGCUAAGCAGGAGGUCCGCGAAGCCCAAGAAGCUUUAGAGACUCACAACGAUGAGACAGCAGAACUCCAGGAGGCAGCAGAAAUGGCAGCUCUUGACAAGGAGAUGGCGGAAGAAAGAGCCGAAGCUCUCCAGAUGGAGCUGGAGCAGUGCCGGGAGAAGCUGGAGGAAGCUACCCUGGAUCUGCAGCUUAUGAAGGCAGAGAUGGAGGCUGGGGGGAAUAUACAGCACCCGUAUGCAGAAGGGGGCGCCACUGGGUACGAGAUGAGGCAGCUGCAGCAACAGAAUGUCAGACUCAGAGACACCCUCGUCAGACUCAGAGACCUGUCCGCUCACGAUAAACAUGAGAUGCAGAAGAUGCAUAAGGAUUUAGAACAAUACAAAUCGGAGAUAGCAGAACUGAGCAGGACUAAGGAGAAGCUCUCCCUCCGAGUUGACGAGCUGGAAGCUCAGGUAGCUGACCUUCGGGAGCAGGUGGAUGCUGCGCUGGGGGCUGAGGAGAUGGUGGAACAGCUGGCUGAGAAGAAAAUGGCUUUAGAGGACCAGGUGGAACAGCUAAAACAAGACGUGUCCGAGCUGGAAGCCCUGCAGGAGGUCCAUGAACAGCUGGUGGAGUCUAACAGGGAACUGGAGAUGGACCUUCGGGAGGAACUGGAGAUGGCGCACGCUAAUACAAGAGAGGCUAUAAGAGAAAGAGAAGCUGCUUUGGAAACGAUCAUGGACCGAGACUCCACUAUACUCAAGUUCAGGGAGCUCGUUCAGAAGAUGACGGAGCAGUACAAUGAGACUAGAGCACAGCUAGAGUCCAAACAGGGUUCACCAGCGCCAUCGGAACAGGAGUCCACUCCAGAGCCAGUAUCCCGAACCUCACCGCCAAUGGAUCUUGGAUCCUUAGUCCACGCGUCCAGAGCUUCCACGAGGUCUAUAGAUCUUCAGCUAAGGGCCUUAGACCUUACUCAGGCCAGGGCUAGAGCUGAUAUGUUGGCGGCGUGCUUGCCUGACCACUUUAUGGCUACUUCUGGCGACCACGACGCAAUCCUGCUUAUACUACUUCUGCAAAGAUUGAAUACAAAGGCGGACAUCGUUCUGGGACAAAUUAGAGAGAGGUUCCCCCCAGUAAACGUGUGGGAUAGAGAAGUGGUGACGAAGACUCACACGGCGGUACAAUACAGCUUCCGCUGCCAACUGGAGUAUCAGCUGCAUAUGAUACAGUGCGUAGUGUGCAUGUGGACGGCGGCGCUGGACAGUUGCGCGCCGGAGGUCCUGCUGCGCGCCGCGGCCGCGCUGCCCGACGCCGCGCAGCAGGAGCGCGCGCUCGACGCACUCACGCAGCUGCUCAAGGCCAACGAGCUGGAUGAAAACUGCGCUCUAGAUGGUAUCGAGCGAGUGUGGACGUAUCUAACAGCCAUGUGGGGCGCCCUGGGCCUCGGCGUGGUGGCGGAGGCGGCGGUGGCGCGCGAGCCACUGUUGCAUACUUGCAGUGCGUUGGAUGCACUCGCCCGGGCGCUGCAUGCCGACGCAUCCGCACUCACUCAUAUACUGCAGCAAUCCGACCGUCAACAAGAGCUGGGUCUACUACACGAAGCAGUGUGUAGUUCAAGUGCUACACUGCAACAACAACUCAAGUCGGUCCGCAGACGACUGCCGCCUGGAGUGAAGCUACAUGCCGUGCCCUUGGACCCUCAGUUAGUGGAGCGUCUCCGCGGCGAGUGCGCGAGCUCGCUGUGGCGCUGCUCGCGCGCCACGUGGCUGGCGGCCCGCGCGGCCUGCGCCUGCGCCGCCACGGCCGGGGAGCGCGCGGACGGCGCGCCGCUCGGACACGCCACGCUGCUCACUCUCUGGGCCGCUGCAGUCGACAAGAUAUACCAGCAGGUGGGUGCUACAUACAUACAUAACGCUAUGGCUGGCGGCCCGCGCGGCCUGCGCCUGCGCCGCCACGGCCGGGGAGCGCGCGGACGGCGCGCCGCUCGGACACGCCACGCUGCUCACUCUCUGGGCCGCUGCAGUCGACAAGAUAUACCAGCAGGUGGGUGCUACAUACAUACAUAA